AUGAAGUUCAGCAGUGCUCUCACCUUCCUGGCUGCGGCCGGAGCUCAGGCUCACUAUACCUUCCCCAAAGGCUACUCCACCGGCCCCGUCUCCGGCGAAUGGGAACACAUCCGGACCACCGAGAACCACUACUCCAAGGGCCCCGUCCAAGACGUGACCUCGUCAGCCAUGACCUGCUACGAGCUCAACCCGGGCACGGGAGCGCCCAAGACUUUGUCCGUGGCCGCCGGAUCCAACUACACUUUUACCGUCGACACCUCCAUCGGCCACCCCGGCCCCUUGCACUUUUACAUGGCCAAGGUUCCCGCGGGAAAGACGGCUGCCACCUUUGACGGCAAGGGAGCGGUCUGGUUCAAGAUUUACCAGGAUGGACCGAGCGGGUUGGGGACGAGUUCUAUUACGUGGCAUAAUGAUGGCAAAUCCGAAGUCUCCGUCCGCCUCCCCUCCUGCCUCGCCCCAGGCGAGUACCUCCUGCGCGUCGAGCACAUUGCCCUGCACAGCGCCAGCAGCGUCGGCGGCGCGCAGCUGUACAUUGCGUGCGCGCAGAUCAACGUGACCGGAGGCACCGGCACGCUCAACACCAGCGGCAAGCUGGUCUCGUUCCCCGGUGCCUACAAGGCGACCGACCCCGGUAUCUUGUUCCAGCUUUAUUGGCCUGUUCCUACUAGUUAUAUUAACCCCGGGCCUGCGGUUGCUACUUGCUAA